CCGGGGGGCGCUGCAGAGGGAAGCGGGGCGCGGCAGGGGCGCCUCCAGGGCGGGCGGCUGGGGGGCGCUGCAGAGGGAAGCGGGGCGCGGCGGGGGCGCCUCCAGGGCCGGCGGCAAGGGGCGCGGGCGCUGCCGGAAGCUGGGCGGGGCGCCCGCCGGGAUGCGGUGAAGGGCAGGCGGCGCGGCGGCGGCGAUGAGUGCCUCUGCGGCCACCGGGGUGUUCGUGCUGUCCCUCUCGGCCAUCCCGGUCACCUACGUCUUCGACCACCUGGCGGCCCAGCACGAUUCCUGGACGAUGGUGGGGGUUGCUGCCCUCAUCCUGCUCCUGGUAGCCCUGCUGGCUCGUGUCCUCGUCAAGAGAAAACCUCCCCGGGACCCGCUGUUCUAUGUGUAUGCGGUGUUUGGAUUUACCAGCGUGGUGAACCUCAUCAUAGGACUGGAGCAGGACGGCAUCAUCGACGGGUUUGUGACACACUACCUGAGAGAGGGUGAACCGUAUCUGAACACCGCGUAUGGGCACAUGAUCUGCUACUGGGACGGCUCUGCGCACUAUCUGAUGUACCUGGUGAUGGUGGCGGCCAUCGCGUGGGAGGAAAGUUACAGAACCAUUGGCCUGUAUUGGGUCGGGUCUAUCAUCAUGAGCAUUGUUGUUUUUGUGCCUGGAAACAUUGUAGGGAAGUACGGAACACGCAUUUGCCCUGCUUUUUUCUUAAGCAUACCAUACACUUGUCUUCCCAUCUGGGCUGGUUUCAGAAUCUAUAAUCAGCCAUCAGAAAAUUAUAAUUAUCCCUCCAAGGUCGUGCAAGAAGUCCAAGCGAAGGACCUGCUGAGAAGACCGUUUGAUUUAAUGUUGGUCCUGGGUCUUCUCCUGGCCACUGGCUUUUGCCUGUUUAGAGGCUUGAUUGCUUUGGAUUGUCCAGCUGAGCUCUGCCGACUUUAUACACAGUUUCAGGAGCCCUACCUGAAGGAUCCUGCGGCUUAUCCUAAAAUCCAGAUGCUGGCGUAUCUGUUCUAUUCUGUCCCUUACUUUGUGAUUGCACUUUAUGGCUUAGUGGUCCCCGGCUGCUCCUGGAUGCCCGACAUAACACUGAUUCACGCUGGAGGCCUAGCUCAGGCUCAGUUUUCUCACAUCGGUGCCUCUCUUCAUGCUAGAACUGCUUAUGUCUACAGAGUCCCCGAAGAAGCGAAAAUCCUUUUUUUAGCAUUAAACAUAGCAUAUGGAGUUCUUCCUCAGCUCUUGGCCUAUCGCUGUAUCUACAAACCAGAGUUCUUCAUAAAAACAAAGGCAGAUGAAAAAGUUGAAUAAAAACAUUAUUUCAUGUUUCUUUCUCUCGAGAUUACUGACUUUUGUUAUCCUGGUACUGAUAUUUUGUCCCACUUCACUCCCUUCCUGUACAGGAACACCUAAGAAUAUAUAAAUUCUUGCUCUGCACUGUAUGUGUGAGCUCUCAUAUGGUAUUGUGUGGGUAAAUUUUCUUUAUUUGAAGGAAAAUUUGAAGUUGUUGAGAAACAAUUUGUUUAAAGAAAUAUAUUCAAAAUUAAAUGUAAAUAAACUUGACCAUCUAUCUCAAUAUUCUCUUUGUACAUAUUAAAUAUAAGUGUGAAAAAUCAUAGUUUAGCUCCUAUGACAGUGAGCAUGAAAAUGAAACUAUUCAAAAGUGAAUAUGGUCUAUGCAUAUUAAAAAAUUCAAAAUAGCAAUUACAGAUUAGAGAAAUAUUUUUUGCAUAUAAGAUGUAUAUGCUUCAUUAUCAACCUCACUAUAAAGAGCAAAUCAUCAGUAUAUUUUAAAAUGUUGUUUGAAAAAUGUUUUCCCAAGGAAAGUAUAUUAUUUACUGCUGUUUUAAAAAUUGCUUACUAAAAUUUUUUUGUGUCGAAAUAGAUAAGGAGGGAUCGAUAGCUUUAUUACCUUUAAUGAAUACUUGUUUUAUUGGUGACUGGAAAUAUUUCUAUUGUAUUUCUGUGUACAUUUUUAAUAAAAUUAUUUUUGGCCUUUUA